GCCGUCGUGCUGGCCAAUCACCGUCGAGAACUUUGGCACCGGUUUAAAACAAGAGGAAGUCCUGGUUUAUGAGUCAACGAGCACAGAAGCCAAAUAAACAUUUGGUUUUUGCAUCGUUGUUUUUGGGAUGAGAAAUGUCCACAGGGCUGAACAUAGAGACAAACUGUAAUGUACCAGUUUAUUAUUAACCGUGUUUGAACGUUAGCAAGCUUAAUUAACGUUAUAUCUGGCGAGUUUAACCGUUAACGUCACGUUCAGUUGGUAACAACAACAACAUGCCGUCUCGUGUGGAAGACUACGAGGUGCUGUAUACAAUUGGCGCUGGCUCAUAUGGGAAAUGCCAGAAAAUAAAACGGAAAUGUGACGGAAAAAUCCUUGUCUGGAAGGAGCUGGACUAUGGCACCAUGGCAGAGAGUGAAAAGCAGAUGCUUGUGUCAGAGGUGAAUCUGCUGAGGGAGCUCAAGCAUCCAAACAUAGUGAGGUACUAUGACCGCAUCAUAGACCGCACUAACACCACGCUGUACAUCGUCAUGGAGUACUGUGAGGGUGGGGACCUGGCCAGCCUGAUCAACCAGUGCAUCAAGGAAAGACGUUAUUUGGAGGAGCAGUUUAUCCUGCGGGUCAUGACACAGCUUACGUUGGCCCUGAAGGAGUGCCACAGACGAAGCGAUGGAAGGGCCACGGUUCUGCACCGAGACCUGAAACCAGCAAACAUCUUCCUCGACAUCAGACAGAAUGUGAAGCUUGGUGACUUCGGCCUAGCCAGGAUACUGAACCAUGACACCAGUUUUGCAAAGACCUUUGUUGGGACGCCUUACUACAUGUCUCCAGAGCAAAUAAACUGCAUGUCAUACAAUGAGAAAUCAGAUAUUUGGUCACUGGGGUGUUUGCUGUAUGAACUCUGUGCUUUAUCGCCUCCGUUUACUGCUUACAACCAAAAACAGCUGGCAGAAAAGAUCAGAGAAGGAAAGUUCAGAAGGAUUCCCUACCGAUACUCUGAGGAACUGAACACCUUACUCAGCAAAAUGCUCAACUUAAAGGACUACUUGAGGCCAUCUGUGGAGUCUAUUCUCCAGAGCAGCUUCUUGGCUGAUGUGGUUGUUGAGGAGCAGAGAAAAGCACAAACACGGCUGCGGAGGAGGUCAGCAGACCCUGAAUGUCCCCGCCACAGGCCCACUGAACCAUCACCAGUGUCUACUGCAGAACUGAAACUUAGGGAACAGGCUCUGCGGGACAGAGAAAAGGCACUGAAAGAACGUGAAGAGAGACUGGAGCAAAGAGAGCAGCAGCUGUGUGUUCGUGAACGUCUGUCAAAUGAGAAGCUUGCCAGAGCAGAGAGUUUGCUGAGGAAUUACAACCGUCUCCAUCAGCAGAUGGACCUGGCACCGUUCUUUGGCAAAGACAUAGAUGCCGAGGAUGUGUCCCCCAGCAAGAAAAAGGUCCACUUUGCCCGAGAGAACAAAGAGAACCACUCGUCUGGCAGUCGUCAGAGUGCCACGCCCCAGGAACUGAUAUUAAGGAGGCUGCAGGCAGCCAAUCUGCGUGCUCAAACACUGAGUGAGGUGGAAAAGACCUGUCAGAUCAAGAGCAGGCACAUCCUUGGAAUUCGUUGAUCAAACGCUGACUUUUAACAAAGUGAAAGCUACUGAAUGGUCGUCAUAUGUGUAUAUAUGGUUUGUGACUGAAACUACUGAAGCUAAAUAAUUCCUUGUAUUUUUGUGCAUGUGCAAGCUGUCAAUGUUUUGUUUGGCAGUUUGUAGUUUUGUAUGCACACUGUAUGAUGAUUUUGUAGGCAGCUAUCGUCACUGAAACGUAUGCAGUAGAAUUGUUAUUUUGAAAUUGCAUGGCCAAAGACAAUGUGUAUGAGUAAACACUCCUAGAUCUGUGACGAAAUAAUAGUCUGGAAUCAUUUAUUGUCAAUUUAUCUUUUUUCUUUUCUACUUUUCAAAAGGGAAAAAAAGAUUCAGCUUUAAGCAUAGAUAUAUGAUCUGUCAAAGAGUAGAUCAUAAUAUUAUACUCCACUAAUUAGUGUAGUGUUUCUAAGUAUAGUUUUAAAUACUACCAAGAUAAUAUGCGUCCGCGUAUACGUAAAUGUAUAUCCGUCAAAAGAUUAAAUUGUUUUUAAUUAG